AAUAACACGGCUGGUUUCAGGUUUUGCAUAUUUACAAGAAACCCACGAAGGAUCGUCAUCUCUCUCUCUCUCUCUCUCUCUCUCUGCAUCGAAGGGAGAGAUUCGUGUCGGAAAGUUUCGAUUCUGCCCUUCUCUGAGCAUCGAAGUUCUUGGUUUCUUGAUUGAGAUACAGUAAUGGCGAACCGUGCGCAUGUUCCUAGAUUCGGAGAAUGGGAUAAACAGACGGAUGCUCCGUUCACGAUAGUCUUCGACAACGCGAGGACGAAGAAAAAGAAUCUGUACGACCCGAAAGAGAAUCCCGAGCUGUCAUCGAACCAGGGAUCUCCUCCACGACCACCUCGUACUCCAAACCCUCGUAGACCCGAACCCGCGAACCAGAUUCCAAAACAAAGAUCGCAAGGCCAUGGAAACAGCCGAGGAGAGGAGGAUUUCAGACGGUCCGUGCCAUCUCCAGCUCAUAGCGAUAAAAACACAAGAGUUAGGCCUCAGGCUCAUCCAAGGGAACCCUACAACAAUCACCCGUAUGGCGGAAGAGUCAUAAAUCAGGCCGAGCCGAACAGACGGCCGCCUCCACAGCCGCAGCCGCAGCCGCAGCAGGGGAAUCCUAGGGCGAUACCUAACGUUAGAGGCCAAAAAUAUAAGCCACGGGCGAUCCCACCAUUUCCCGGGCAAGGAGGGAAUUCGAACUUCGACCAUAUGAGUUACACUCACAUUUUCGACCAAGUGAGAGAAGAAAGGAACGUUCAAGAAGGCGAGAGGAGGCCGAUUGGCGGUGGAAACGCUCCCGUCAAACACCAUAACCAGUCUUCUCCUGAAAGCCCUAAGGGUUGCUGCUUUCCAUGGAGCCGAAAGGGAAAAUACUGAAGACUUUGUGUGUGUGUGUGUGUAUGUAUAUAUACAUAUAUAUAUAUAUAUAUGUAUAUAUGUAUAUAUGUAUAUAUAUGCACGCUUAGCUCAUCAACAGGAGCUUUCAACUCUUUCAUUCUAAUGGGUGUUUUUGAAUUCUUUUGCUCUGUGUUUGUGUUCUUUGGAGAUUUUUUUUUAAUGUAAAGUUGAUGUGAUUCUAUAUAAAUUGGAUGUGUUUCUUUUUCU